AAAAAAAAAAAAACGAGCACAAGCUGCAUCAUACACAGCCAGCAUGACGGGAGGCUGCUCGCUUGCUCCAGUGAUGUAGCUUUUACUCACCGGCAUCGACAAAAGCCUUCCAAUCAGAUGUUAUGGCGACGUCUGCACCCCUCUUCCUCUUCCUACUGGCCUUCUGGUGGAUGUCGUGCGACGCCUUAGACGACGCCACGCUUCAGGCUGUCCAGGGUCACCUUCUGGAAGCCCUAGGUCUACCUGCGAGACCUCGGGGGCGACGGGCCUUGUCGUCCAUGGUACCUGACGUCAUGAUGCAGCUUUAUAAACGCCAGCAGCGUUGGACAGACAUCAUAGACCCGAUGGCUGAACCGCAUCUUCAACUGCUUGCUGGAGGCAUGGCCGAUACGGUACGGAGUCAUCGGCAUACCGAGCAGAGGCAAGACGACGCCUACGGCCCAGACCGGUUCAGGUACCGCUUCAACCUGACCGCCAACCGAGGAGGCGACCCCGAGGAAACCUUACUCGGCGCAGAACUUCGUCUCUUUCGACGUCGCGCGUCUCCCGAAGAAUGCCACGACCGGUACGUCGUCCGAGUCUACGACGUCUUGCGUCCAGCGACUAAGAAGCUUGGAGAAGCCCACCUGAGACUUCUGGACACGCGCAUUCUUCAACCGACACGGCGAGACGGUUGGAUUGGGUUGGACGUCGUGCCUGCCGUACAGCGAUGGGUGGCGGGAGAAAAGAAUCACGGACUAUAUGUUCAGGUGUGGAGCGAAGACCCCAACUCGAACACCAGCAGUCUCCUUCGAGGUCUCGGCCCCCUCGCCCUGCGACCGACGACUCCACCCGACCCGUCCUGGUCCUCCUAUCAGCCCGUCCUGCUCACGUACACGAGCUCGUCUUCCAACUCUUCCGGUUCAAGAGCAAGGCGUUCGACCCGAGGUUCGCGUCGCCAGCAUCGACGCAAGGGAGCCAAACGCGACGCCUGCCAGCGGUACCCGCUCCGCGUAGAGUUUAGUCAUGUCGGCUGGAAUGAUUGGAUAGUGGCGCCGCCCAGCUACGACGCGUAUUACUGUCAUGGAGACUGUCCUUUCCCGUUACCAGACCAUCUGAACGGGACAAACCACGCCACCGUACAGACCCUGGUGAACUCGAUGAGGAAUGGUGGCAACGUACCCCGUGCUUGUUGCGUGCCCACAGACCUGUCACCUAUAUCGUUGCUCUAUGUGGAUGCGUCCGAAAGGGUUGUCUUGAAGAACUACCAGGACAUGGUUGUGGAGCACUGUGGUUGCCGAUGACGGAUCGGUGUUGUGGUGAGAAUACAACGGUGUUGAAACGUUACCCUAAGGUGAUGAACGACGUGACGUCAGAUAUAUGUGACCUGUGAUUGUGGGCAGAAAGGAUUCUGCGUGAUAAGCUCCCGGGACCUGGCUGAGUUCGGUUAAAAACCGGAUGGUGUUUAUAUAUAUCAUACACUUGGAAGUGUUGACAAUUUUUGAAAGAGACGUCAAAUUUGAUUACACCAUCCGUGAGGACGGUGGUAAGAUCCUCAUGGCUAAGAGUGGGCAGGACGCAUCCAGUUGGUAUUUAACGGCAGUGCCAAUAUAUUAUCAUGUGCCAUGUUUAAAUUUUUCGUUCCAAAGGAACGGUGUCGUGAACACCAUGAAGAUAUCGCUGAAGAUUUAUUCACCCAUUUGUUACCGCGGUUAAAUUUUCAAUGAUAAUAACAGCGUGAAAAAAAAAAGACAGUGUCGGCCCUCUGAAUGCUCUUGUAAUAGUUACAUAACUGUUCAACCUGUACUGCGAAGUGAAUAAAAUUCACGAUACGAGAGAAUGA